CUUGAGAAAAUUCCAGACCCUUCUCGAAAGCUGAGCUUCUCGAACACUCUGAGGGCCGGUAGAUAACUGGCCGGCAUCGCACGUUCCUGUUAUUCUUGAAAUCAGCCGUUGUUUCGAUUUGGUGGGAGUACGUGUUCAAGAAGCAAGACGAAUAACAGCUUUGUAAGAAUAAGCUGUUACUCUGUGGUUUAUAAAGGGGACAAAUAAGCAGAUGCCGGAGCCUCAAGACCAGAACAUGGCGGAGGAGGCGGAGACCUUUGCCUUCCAGGCGGAGAUCGCCCAGCUGAUGUCCCUCAUCAUCAACACCUUCUACUCCAACAAGGAGAUCUUCCUCAGGGAGCUCAUCUCCAACUCCUCAGAUGCCCUUGACAAGAUCCGCUAUGAAAGCCUGACAGAUCCAAGCAAGUUGGACUCCGGCAAAGAUCUCAAGAUCGACGUAAUUCCCGACAAGGCGGAACGCACCCUCACGCUCAUCGACACGGGCAUCGGCAUGACCAAGGCCGAUCUCAUCAACAACCUUGGCACCAUCGCCAAGUCCGGCACCAAGGCCUUCAUGGAGGCCCUGCAGGCUGGAGCCGACAUCUCCAUGAUCGGGCAGUUCGGCGUGGGUUUCUACUCCGCCUACCUGGUGGCCGAGAAGGUGACCGUCAUCACCAAACACAACGAUGACGAGCAGUACGCCUGGGAGUCGUCUGCCGGGGGAUCUUUCACUGUUAAAGUGGACACAUCUGAGUCAAUCGGGCGGGGGACCAGGGUGAUCCUGCACCUGAAGGAGGACCAAUUGGAGUACCUGGAGGAGCGCAAGGUCAAGGAGAUAGUCAAGAAGCACUCGCAGUUCAUUGGCUACCCCAUCACCCUGCACGUGGAGAAGGAGCGUGACAAGGAAGUGAGCGACGACGAAGCGGAGGAGGAAGAGAAAGAGAAGGACAAGGACAAGGACAAGGACGGAGAGGACAAGGAGGAGGGCAAGGACGAGAACAAGCCAGAGAUCGAGGACGUGGGCUCGGACGAGGAGGAGGACCACCACGAUCAUGACCACGACCACGACGGCAAGUGCGGCGGCGACAAGAAGAAGAAGAAGAAGAAGAUCAAGGAGAGGUACAUCGACCAGGAAGAGCUGAACAAGACCAAGCCCCUCUGGACCCGUAACCCCGACGACAUCACCAACGAGGAGUACGGAGAGUUCUACAAGAGCCUCACCAACGACUGGGAGGACCACCUGGCCAUCAAGCACUUCUCUGUGGAGGGACAGCUGGAGUUCCGUGCUCUUCUCUUCGUCCCACGCCGUGCGCCAUUUGACCUCUUUGAGAACAAGAAGAAGAAGAACAAUAUCAAGCUGUACGUGCGCAGGGUCUUCAUCAUGGACAACUGCGACGAGCUCAUCCCGGAAUACCUCAACUUCAUUCGUGGAGUGGUGGACUCUGAGGACCUGCCCCUGAACAUCUCCAGAGAGAUGCUGCAGCAGAGCAAGAUCCUGAAGGUCAUCCGCAAGAACCUCGUCAAGAAGUGCCUGGAGCUCUUCACAGAACUGGCCGAGGACAAGGAGAACUACAAGAAGUUCUACGAGCAGUUCUCCAAGAACAUGAAGCUUGGCAUCCACGAAGACUCCCAAAACCGCAAGAGGCUGUCGGAACUGCUGAGGUACUACACCUCCGCGUCAGGGGACGAGAUGGUGUCCCUGAAAGAUUACGUCACACGCAUGAAGGACACACAAAAGCACAUUUACUACAUAACGGGUGAGAGCAAGGACCAGGUGGCCAACUCCGCCUUCGUGGAGCGUCUCCGUAAGGCUGGUCUGGAGGUCAUCUACAUGAUCGAGCCCAUCGACGAGUACUGCGUCCAGCAGCUGAAGGAGUUUGAGGGCAAGAACCUGGUGUCUGUGACCAAGGAGGGCCUGGAGCUGCCAGAGGACGAGGACGAGAAGAAGAAACAGGAGGAGAAGAAGUCUCAGUUUGAGAACCUGUGCAAGAUCAUGAAGGACAUUUUGGAGAAGAAGGUGGAGAAGGUUACAGUGUCCAACCGGCUGGUCUCGUCCCCCUGCUGCAUCGUGACCAGCACGUACGGCUGGACGGCCAACAUGGAGCGCAUCAUGAAGGCUCAGGCCCUGAGGGACAACUCCACCAUGGGCUACAUGGCGGCCAAGAAGCACCUCGAGAUCAACCCAGACCACCCCAUCGUGGAGACACUCAGGGUGAAGGCCGAGGCAGACAAGAAUGACAAGUCGGUGAAGGACCUGGUGAUCCUGCUCUUCGAGACGGCCCUGCUGUCCUCUGGCUUCUCACUGGACGACCCACAGACGCACUCCAACCGCAUCUACAGGAUGAUCAAACUGGGCUUAGGCAUUGACGAGGAUGACAUGCCCACAGACGACACCAGUGCUGCUCCCAUCGAAGACAUGCCGCCCCUGGAAGGGGAUGACGAUAGCUCUAGAAUGGAGGAGGUGGACUGAGCUCACCACAGCUCGCCAUUUGCUCUAAAGUCUCUAGUGCUGUAAAUGGUUAUAGGAUUUGAUGUUCAAAUCAUUCCCGGAAUGUCUGUUCCAUAGUCGAAUAUUACUGUACAUGCCUGUUGGCCACAGAUACACACACACCUACAUGCACAUACACACACGAAAUGUGUGUACCAUUCCCCUGACACUGGCGUGGGUACUGUCCAGGCACACAUUUCCCUUCCUUUGUAACUUUUUUUUUGUAAUGAGUUGUGUAUGGCUUUUUUUGUAUUUAUUUACAUUCCAGAUGCUUUUUGUGUUGAAAUCUUUAUCGUACAUAUCAAACUGAUACUGUAACUUGAGAACUUGAAAUGGUGGGUGGGACCCACCAAAAUAAAAGUUUACCAUGUCAA